AACAGAUCAUACAUGAUGCAGCGAAGGUUCGACUGCCAGAUGAAAGCAAAUGCAGCAACCGUGCUACUCCUUGUCCUCCUUGUAUGCCACGCGUUAGCCGCAGAAUGUGGUAAGGUGCGGGGAUCAGGCGGCCGUCAUCAGGAUUUCAGGAUCCGAGGCCACGGCGGCGCCGGCGAGGUCAGCGUUGACGUGUGCCGGCCAAACUUUUGCGGAGGUGGUUCUCAAGGCGAUAACUGCUGGUGCUGUGAACUACUGGGGUCUUGCAGCUAUGGGUCGCUGCAGGAUUGCCUCGCGAACUGCCCCUCAUCCCCAUAAACGCCCUGCGGUUCCUCGAUACAGACGACAGAGCGAUGCGAGUUUAAUUGGCUGGAUGAUGCGAAACUUUCACUUUGAAAGAGACGUCCAGGCUAGAAAUUAGACAGCACAAUUCUGGUGCAUGUCCGACAGAUGGUCAAUAAGAGAGUUACGGUAACAGGAGUUCAUGUUAGCUCUUGAAAGAACAAGGAAACAAACAGGAAACAUGUUCACAUUUUCUGCACUAUCAGUUAUGGAUUAUGCCCCU